AUGGACGCCAAGGUUGUCGCACACGACAGCGGUUCGACUUCCACCGCCAGCGGAGGCGCUGGGCCCAAGGACCCCCUCCGCCCAGCGGUGCAGGCGUCCUGGAUGCUCUCAGGCGACACCGCCACCCAGUACGGGAAGAGUGCGGACGCACCCCUGCCCGGGCUGGGGUCCCAGCCGGAGGCCUCCGUGGGCUUCCAAGCCAGGGUCCACCAGGGCAUGGGGGAGCUCCCGGGGCCCUCCUCCACCGCGAACAUCCCGGUCCUCCCCGACAUUGCCCGGCUGAAGGACAGUAGGAGGGACAUCCCUCUCACCUGCCAGGUGCUGGGGUGUGGGCAGAGCCUGGUGGGCCACGCCGAUUACUACCAGCGCUAUCGGGUGUGCAAGCCGCACCUCAAGGGCCCCGCCCUGAUCGUGGAGGGCCUCCCGCAGCGCUUCUGCCAGCAGUGUGGCAGGUUCCACCCGCUGGAUGCCUUUGAUGGGGACAAGAGGAACUGCCGGGCGCGGUUGGAGCAGCACAACUCCCGGCGCCGCAAGGUGUUCACCACGACUCAGGCCAGCCGGAGGCCUGCUGGGAAGCGGGAGGAGCCCCUGCACUCCGCUGGCCCCACCAGUGGCGACUGGGCGGGGGACGCCCAGCUCGCCAGCUCGGCCCCCUCCCAAGACGUGAUGCAGCCUCACCUCGCCGGCCUCCCCCCCAGCCUCAUCAUGGACCUGCAGGCCGAUAACCUGGCCCAGGAAAGCAUGGCGCAGCGCCAGGCCUCGUCAGAGUCCGCCCUGGGCCUGCUGGAGCGCAUCUUCUCCGAGCCGGCGCGCGGCCCGUAUGGCUGGCGCCACCAGCCGCAGCAGAGCGAGGAUCCGCACCAGGGUCAAAGGCCCGUGGCCCUGGGCCCGGCCGGGAGCCGGGACCUGGGCAGGGGCCAGACCUCCAACGCAAUGUCCAACGAGAUGAGCCAGCUGCUGGGACUCUGGUCCAACGCCGGCCUGACGUCUGAGGACCUGGGGCGCAUGCUCUCCUCCACGGCCAGCCGGCAGCUGUCGGCCUCCGUGCCAUCCACGUUGGCGGGCGCGCUGCUGAGCGAGCCGCCUCGCGCCCCGCUGCCCUCGGUCCGCCUGUGGCCCCCCGAGGGCGGCGGCUCGGCGGGCUGCAGCAGCCACAGCCCCUUCCAGCGCACGGGCCCCGACCCGGCCGGCGGCAGCGGCUACGACGCCGCGGGGCGGCACCUGGCGCUGCUGCGCCAGGUGCUGGCGGCUGCCGGCGCCGGCGGCGGAGGGCCGCAGGCCUCGCAGCAGCUCCUCCUCGCCGCGCUCCUGGGCAUGCAGAGCAGGGAGCGCGGGAGGGCGCCGCUGCAGGACGGUGGGCACCCAGACUUGCUGCAGAUGCUGCAAACGACGCUGGUCGGCGGUCGGCAGGGGCCGGCCGCGCAGGACCCAGGCGAGGGUGGCCCGCAGGCCUGA